AUGGCGGCGAGAGCAAUCCCGACUCACUCGGUGGUAACCGUACCUAAGGCCCCCUUCGUCAUGCAAUUGAGCGUCGACGAUCGUUUCAGCGGCUUAUUGAUCGACCUAUUGAACGAGCUGGCUAGACACUUGCGCUUCGAGUACAAAAUAGCGGUGCUGAUGCGUCAGCCGGUCGUGCCCACGACUUUGUUCAGAUUUUUGACCAUCCUCGAAGUGGACGUGUGGCUCUUCAUCAUCGGGGCUUACUUUCUGAAGAGCUUGCUGAUCUGGAUAUUCGACGCGUGGUCGCCUUACAGCUAUUAGAACGUCGUGAAAAAUCCGAAGAGGGCCGGGGUGGACGAGAAGGACAUCGACGACGAGUGCAAGCGCAUCUUCAGCCUGCGCGAGUCGCUUUGGUUCUGUCUGACGUCGCUGACGCCCCACGGCGGCGGCGAGGUGCCGAGAAACCUGUCGGGCCAGCUCGUAGCCGCGACCUGGUGGCUCUUCGCUUUCAUCGUCGUGGCCUAUCUCGCCUCCUUUCUCACCAUCGGCAAAUUCGAUCGAGAGCUUCGACGACUUGUUUAUCUCUAA